GGGCGCACCUCAAAGCGAGGCGCAACUUUUAGGGCAGACACACAAUUGUACCCAUUGGUAGUUGGCCUCUUACAUCCUUGUGGGACCCGCUGAGCAAACAACAGCCUACUGCCGCACCAGCCGAGCCUCUUCCAGUCCUGUGCGCACCGCCGUAAAACGCAAGACUCUGUUGAAGACAGUCUCCAGCCCCUCAUGUGAACUGAACCAGGGGGUGUUGACAAGCAAUAAGUGCACUGUUCAGUUUGUUCGGAGCGGCCGUGUUGACUGGAGGAAUAAUCUCAACUAAAGUUUUUAAUCAAGGCACAAGUUAUGGAUACUACCAACGAGUCGAUGGAGGAGCGUAAAGCAGCGUGCCAAUGCGCGCCACAGUCCGCGUCUCAGCGCUGGUUCUCUGGUUUCCCUGUGGCUCUGUGUUUGUUAAUGUCUCUGAGCUCCAUCACCGUGUGUCUCCUCAUGAGCUUUAGGACGUACCAGCUGGAGAGCCGCCUGAGCGCGGAGAUGCAAAAGGCGUCCGUCUUUCACCCUCUGCACAUGGCUUUUCUCAGAGACGAUGGGACCCUAAUACCUGAACUGGGAACUUCUAUAGGACAGCUUGUAGAAGAGAAAGUGAAGUCAAUGAUGCCUAAAUUGCGACCAGUGAGGGAUACUGUCCAAGAGUGCUCCUGUCCUCCAGGACCUCCGGGAAAACGAGGACGCAUCGGGCGAAGAGGGGAGCCUGGGCCGCCUGGCAAGAGUGGACGGGAUGGAUACCCGGGUCCACUUGGCUUGGAUGGCAAACCAGGUCUGCCCGGUCUGAAGGGAAGCCAGGGACCAGCUGGGCCCAAGGGAGAAAAGGGAGACAGAGGAGAUGUCGGACCAAGGAUGGUCUUCCCUCGGUAUGACCACGGCUUUAUCGCUGGAGAACAGACCAGCAGCUUUCAGAGACGAUUUCUAAAGGGUGACCAGGGUCAGGCUGGACCUCCUGGCCCCCCUGGUCUCCCCGGACCCCCUGGCCCCCGUGGACCUCCAGGGAACACUGGCAAAGAUGGACCUCGUGGCCCCGCUGGAGAACAAGGUUUUCCAGGCCGUGAUGGCUAUGAGGGAGCUCCUGGAAUGCCUGGAAAGCCUGGAGAGGACGGUGAGCCCGGAGAACCUGGUCCACAGGGUCCUCCAGGACAGAAGGGAGAAGCUGGUAUUGGAGAGAAAGGUGAACGAGGCAUGGAUGGAUUGCCAGGAAUUAAGGGAGACAAGGGGGAAAUAGGAGAGCAAGGACCUCAGGGACCAAUGGGUUAUCCCGGUGAAAAGGGCACCUCUGGCUCCUCCGACAUCAUAGACUUUAAUGGGAAACUUCUGGAUGCCUUUCAGGCCAUCAACACCAUCAGUGUCUCGGGUCCACCUGGACCACCAGGACCACCAGGGCCUCCAGGGGAAAAGGGGGAGCUUGGGUUACCUGGACCAGCUGGGGUUGAUGGAGAAAAGGGACCUAAAGGUGACUCUGGCAAUGUAGGGGCCCCUGGACCAAGAGGAGAGAAGGGAGAGAUGGGUUUAUCUGGCCCUACUGGCAUGGAUGGACAGAAAGGAGAGAAGGGAGACUGUAAACUGGAUGACAAUCUGGUCAGUGGA